AUGGCACCAAUUGCAGAAAGGACUCGAUUUGGCCUAAAAAAGAGCAUUGAGCCCGUCUAUAGCGGUGGCCCUAUUGGCUUCGCUUCAAAUGAAAAAAUCCUAGUCACCAGUUUAGGUGAUCGGAUUGUGGGUAGUAAUGGAGAGACUGGAGAAAAAAUCUUUUCUCUUAGUAAGGAUGAAGAUGAUUACGUUACUUCCAUAAUUAUGACUAGCGAUGCUAGCAGGUUGGUGGUUGCUUUUAGGUCGCGCUUGGUUAUAAUAUUCGAAAUCCCUUCAGGAAAACGCUUAAAGUCAUUCAAAGCACAUGAGACACCAGUAAUUACGAUGACCAUUGAUCCAACAAAUAGCGUCUUGGCUACAGGCGGAGCUGAAGGUCUUGUAAAGGUAUGGGACUUGGCAGGCGGAUAUACAACACACGUUCUCCGCGGACAUGGCGGUAUUGUCAGUGCACUUUGUUUUGGAAAAUAUCAAGGGAAAUGGGUACUGGCAAGCGGUGCUGACGACACGCGAGUACGUCUUUGGGAUUUGAAUACCAGUCGGUCAAUAGCUGCAUUUGAAGGUCAUAGCAGUGUGAUUCGAGGUCUUACAUUUGAUGAAUCUGGAUCAUUCGUAUUGAGCGGUUCGCGAGACAAGACCGUCCAAGUAUGGGAUCUGAAAAAGCGAUCUGCUGUUCGCACGAUACCUGUGUUGCAUGGUGUUGAAUCCCUUGGAUGGGUCAAUCAUCCUGAAAAAAAUGAAAAAGUACUUUAUACGGCAGGUGAGGGAAACCUUAUCUUAGCGUGGGAUUGGAAAACCGGGGCUCGUUUUAAUCCCGAUAUCCAAAUUGUCCCUAAUGAAAACAAUGCUAUUAUCCAGGUUGUUUCUAUAGACGAGAAUUCACUUUUAACUGUACAUUCGGAUUUGAGCAUGCUUGUACAAACUUUGUCUAUUGACAAUGGAUUUCUGGUUCAAAAGAAGCUUCAUGGUUCUUUUGAUGAAGUCAUUGACUGUGCUUGGAUUGGCGAUGAUCAUUUGGCAAUUGCAUCCAAUACUGAAUAUAUCGAUAUAAUUUCCGCUGAUGGGACACAAGUUCAUGGUGUUUUAUCUGGUCAUACUGAUAUCGUCCUCGCAAUGCACGCUUCUGAAGAUGGCGUUUGGAUGGCAACGGGUGCUAAAGAUAAUACUACACGAUUGUGGAAUCUAGACGUUGAAAAUAAUAAAUUUACCUGUGUGCGUGUUUUUACCGGUCAUACAGCUAGUGUGACAGCUGUCGCUUUGGGUCCAUUGGACGCUCAGGGUUUUCCUUCAUUCCUUAUAUCUGCUUCCCAAGAUCGAACGUUGAAGCGUUAUGAUUUGGGUUCUUCAUUGGCUAAUUCUGAAAUUCAAGGUAGAGCUGUUUGGACGAUUAAAGCACAUGACCGCGAUAUUAAUGCUGUCCAAGUAUCUGCUGAUGGACGUAUCGUUGCUACGGUCAGUCAAGACAAAUUAAUCAAGUUGUGGGAUGCAUCCCUUGGUGAAGUUAUAGGAGUGUUGCGUGGCCAUCGUAGAGGUGUCUGGGCUUGUGUGUUCAACCCUUAUAGCCGUCAAUUAGCUAGUGGCAGUGGUGAUCGAACAGUUCGUGUAUGGAGUAUGGAUGAGCAACAAUGUCUUCAUACAUUAGAAGGACACACUGGUGCUGUCUUAAAGCUGGCUUACAUAUCAAGAGGCACACAGCUUGUUAGUGCUGCUGCCGACGGUCUUGUAAAAGUCUGGUCUAUAUCAUCGGGUGAAUGUGUUGCAACAUUGGAUAACCAUGAGGACAGAGUUUGGGCUGUCGCAGUUCGUGACGAUGGAGCACGUAUAGUGUCUGGUGGUGCCGAUGCCGUCGUAAGCGUUUGGCAGGACGUCACAGAAGAGCAUGCUGCUGAGGAAGCUGAGGAACUCGAACGUCGUAUCGAGGCCGAACAAUCACUUUCUAAUUAUGAAAAGGCUGAAGAUUGGCGAAAUGCUAUUGCAUUGGCGUUGUCAUUGGAUCGACCUCUCGGUUUACUACGCCUUUUCGAACGAGUUAUGAAUUCUCCUCAUCAAAAAGGAAGCAUUACAGGGAACGUUGAUGUGGAUAAAGUUGUGUCGGAUCUAAACGACAAUCAGUUAACAACAUUGUUUCAACGCAUUCGUGACUGGAAUGUGAAUAAUAAAACUAGCAUGGUUGCACAAAGGCUGCUACGUUUAGUUUUGCACGCUUACCCCGUUAAACAUCUGUUGAAGAUUCCAGGAAUAAAAGGAAUCUUCGAUAGUAUGUUUCCAUAUACUCAGCGUCAUCUAACAAGAAUUAAUGAUUUGUUGGAAGAAUCCUAUAUUGUUGAUUAUGUUAUGUAA